AAAACACGUCCGGGCUCUGGAUUCGAAGUUAUCGAAGCGUGAAGUUUCCGAACGCAGAAACAAAACUAUGCACAAUGAGCAUCUGUGAUAUAUUUGCACAAACUAGAACAGUUGAGAUCGGAUUUAGACAAAGUACCCUUACUGAGUCUAAGUGACGGUACUGACACACAAAACUACCUGUAAAUCGGGCGCACCGGACAGAGCUGCGUUUACCGGCACGGUGGAACAUGUUUUGAAGUCCUUGGAUCGACCGGAAUAACGCUUCAUCAGGAUGAAAUUCGACGAUAUUCUUGAAGACCAUCUCGGGGCUUUUGGGCGUUACCAGAAGAGGAAGUAUUUCUUGCUCUGCCUCCCGGGUGUCUUUUGUGCAAUGCAAAUGCUCAGUCCAGUCUUUGUGCUCAACAUCCCUAAUCACAGGUGUGCUCUCCCCGGUGUCAGCAACGACACAUACGCUGUCCAAGGACCUGACCAUGAGCUCCUCCUUAACACCUCCAUACCCUGGACGACGGAGAAAGGCGUCAGUGUCAGGGACUCCUGUCUCAUCUACAAGGACGAUGUUUCAGGAGGUCAGAACAGAACAACCCAGGAAUGCAACGCAUGGGUGUACGACAACUCUGUCUUCAAGAACACCGUUAUCACAGAGUUGAACAUGGUUUGCAACGAUAAAGGCCUGAGGUCUCUUGCCAACAGCAUUCUAAUGGCAGGACUUCUAUGUGGAUCCCUUGUUCUGGGCAUCAUCUCAGACAUCAUUGGCCGGAAACCAACACUGAUGUUAUCCAUCCUGCUACACGUCGGCACAGGAGUUGGAACAGCGUUUGCUCCGAACUUCGUGGCUUUCGUCAUUCUCAGAUUUCUUAACGGUGCUUCCAAUAUCGGCCUCUUCGUAUCAUCUUUCGUCAUCGUCAUGGAACUCGUUGGUCCCUCCAAACGAACCUUUGCGGGGAUGAUCAUCGAGUUCUUCUGGUGCUUGGGGCUGUUCAUUGUGGGAGCUCUGGCCUACUUCAUCCGAGACUGGCAUCACCUCCAACUCGCCAUCUCCGUCCCAGCCGUGCUAUUGCUCGGCUUGUACUGGUUAGUCCCCGAGUCACCAAGAUGGCUGCUGUCACGUGGUCGCGAGGAGGAAGCAGAAGCAAUCCUCAGGAAAGCGGCAGAAGUGAAUGGAGUGACUCUUCCACAGAAGCUAUUUGACAAGGACACUCUGGAUGACGGUCCCAAGAGCAAGAUCACAGAGAUGUUCACCUCCCCAGUGCUCCUCGUCAGGACUCUCAUCAUCUUCUUCAAUUGGCUUGUUGCCAGUAUGGUUUUCUACGGUCUUGGUCUGAACGUUGGCAAUCUUGGCGGUGACAUCUACCUAAACUUCACCAUCGCAAACAUCGUGGAGACAGUAUCUUACGUUAUGUGUCUGUUUCUGUUGGACCGAGUGGGCCGGAAGUUCCUACACUGUGGCAGUAUGUUGGUGGGAGGGAUUGCGUGUAUUGCCACCAUCUUCCCGGUUUUGUAUGGGGGCAAGGAGCUGGAAUGGGUGACAAUUACUCUGUCGAUGAUUGGCAAGUUUGGAGCAUCAGCUGCUUUCGCCAUUAUUUACAUUUUUGCUGCGGAGUUGUUCCCGACUGUUGUGAGAAACUCCGGCAUGGGUGGCAGUUCCUUCUCGGCCCGUAUUGGAGGAAUACUGUCCCCUUACAUUGCUGAUCUGGGCACAAUAGUUGGUGGUGACUUCGGUAACGCACUCCCCCUUCUGGUAUUUGGUGCUGUGACAGUGGCGGCGGGGAUACUGGCACUGUGGCUGCCCGAAACACUGAAUCGAAAAUUGCCGGAAACCAUCGAAGAUGCCAAAGUUUUCGGAAAGACCGGUAAAAAUUCCUAUGAGCUUGAUCAAACAGUCGAAAGGUUGCCCACCGAAAAGGAGUAUGACAAUCCAGCAUUCGAAAAGUGCUGAAGAGAACAGACUGCAACAAAAAAAAACUUAUUACUAGUAUUUUAUUGAUUUUCAGUUAUCUGUUAUAUACUGGACAAAAUAAGUUAGGGAUAUUGGUAUUUUUAUGAUUGAUAUUUUAUCAGAGUGUCAAUAAAUAAGUAGAUCAUUAUUCAUAAUUUCAAAAUUUACAUAUAUCCCUAACUAUUUUUGUCCAGUUUAUUAGCAUGGACUCACCUACAAAAACUAAUUCCAUUUACGUAUUUAUCUAUGUUUACAAUAUGUGAAUCCACAUGCCAACAAAUAUUUUUGA